AUGCGCACGACUACAUUCCACAACCUGCUGCUCCUCCCCGCCGUCCUCCGCCCCGGCAUCUUCCUCGCCUCCGCAACCCCCAAAAACGGCCCCAAAGUCCACGACGACGACAACGGCCUCUUCUCCUUCCGCUCGCGCCCCGACCUGCGCGCCCCGAAAUGGGAAGUCGAAGUCUACGACCAGGCCGCCCUGGCGCCGGGCUACUGGUUCUUCGGGCCCUACGAGACGCUCAACAUGGACGACUCGCUGGGGAACGGGUGGAUAGGCCCGCACAUCUACGCGCAGGACGGGAGUCUGGUGUGGAGCGGGGCGGCGCUGUUCGAUAAUGGGAAUAUUGAGGAUUUUCGCCUGAGUAAUGUUGAUGGGGUGGAGAUGAUGACGCUCAUGGAUCAAAGGCAUUCGAAGGGCGUGUUUAUGGACAAGCAUUUUCAAGUCAAGGAUCGGAAGAUGGCGAAUGGGCCGAGCGGAGGGGGUUUUAACUCGCAUGAGUUUCACUUUGUGGAGAAUGGGACGAGGGCGUUGGUGGUGUAUGGAGAGGGGAGAUCGUUUUCCAAGGAGGAGGCGAAGAAGGCGUUGGGGUUUGGCGAGACGUGUAAGGUGGCUUGUGAUGGGAUUCAUGAGAGGGAGGUCAAGGGGUGGAAGAGCACGUGGGAGUGGAAUAGUUGCGAUCACAUUGGGUUGGAGCAGAGUUCGUACAAGGUGGAUUAUCUGAACAACCAGUGUUCGGGAAAGUGGGAUUAUAUCCACGCCAACUCCAUCGACAAGACCCCCGAAGGCGACUACCUCUACUCCGGCCGCCACACCAACAGCAUCUACAAAAUCUCCCACGCCAACGGCACCGUCCUCUGGCGCCUCGGCGGCACCUCCGGCUCCAACUUCACCCACCGCGACGACUUCACCUUCUCCCGCCAACACGACGUGCGCUACCGCGGCGCCAACGCUACGCACACCUUCAUUUCCUUCCUCGACAACGCCAAGGGCCUCGACGCCAACGAGCCCACGCACCCGUUCUCCCGCGGGCUCCUGAUCGCGUUGGACGAGAAGAACAUGCAGGCCGAGAUCGCCGCACACUAUGACCACCCCGACGGCGAGGGCGGGUUGGCUUUUAGAAGAGGCAAUUAUCAGCCCCUUGACAAUGGGAACGUGUUUAUGUGCUGGUCCGAGCGGGCGCUGCAGAGCGAGCAUACGAAGGAGGGGAAGAUGUUGAUGCAGGCAAGAUUAAGAGUGGAUUGGCUGGGCACGUAUCGGGCGUAUAAAUUUGAGUUCGAGGGCACGCCCGCCGACCCCCCAGACGCAGUAGGCGAGGUGGUAGAAGAGGAUGGCCGAGUCAAAACGAACGUCUUCGUCAGCUGGAACGGCGCCACUGAAGUCAACUCCUACAAACUCUUCCGCACCCGCGCCUCGGGCCACCCGCUCAUGCUCGUCGACUCGCAAACCAAACAAGGCUUCGAAACCACUCUUUCCUACGAAGGCUACGCCAAGUACGCCGUCGUCAAGGCCCUGCACGCCAACGGCACCGUCUUGGGCCAAACGAAAUUGAUCCGCAUCGCGGGGCUGAACGAGACGAUUCCGGAGGAGGACCCGCAGCCGCCUGUCUCGAUGGAGGAUCCGUACUGGUAUAGCGAUAUUGGAUUUUUCUUGGGGGCGGGUGCGUUGUUCGCUAUCUGCGCUGCUGCCGUCGUCCUGAUAACCCGGAGGCUGCGCCGUGGUGCUGGAGGGCCAAGGAGGUCUUUACUUGAUUUGUUGAGCAGAGGCCGCUACCAGAGGCUCGGGGAGGGGGACAGGGAGUUGCAGGACCGAGAGGGGAAGGAGAGUUUGAUGGGGAGGACGAGGAGGAGGGGCAGCGAUGAUGAUGUUUUCGCAGAGCGAUUUAGUUUGGGGGAGGAGAGUGAGGGGGAGGGGAGGGGGAGUGAUGUUGAGGUUGAGGGGGGAGAGGAAUUUCGACGGCGGUAG